AUGGUAAUUUUGGCAGAGUCAUUGCAUGCAGCAAGUCUGAAACCAGAGUGUGUAUUCCAGUGGGAACAAAAUGCUGCCUCUUCCAUGAGGGAAGCAGUCAGAUAUAAUCAGCCAACUGAUCACAUGGGGAGUGAUAUUAUUUUGGGAUUCAGUGUUGGUCUUUGCUGCCGGCAGAUUGGGCAUGCCCAGCGGUUGUGGCCAGAUUUUUCCCUGUAUCCAAGGUAUUACUGUCUUAUGCUGGUAUGUGGCUGUAUUGGGAUCCUUAUUUUCAUGAUCACACUGAUUUGCUUGAACUUUUGGGAGAAGAAAAUGGAUUUCUCCCAGAAAGUAAAUAUCAGCCUCAGCCAUCUAGCAUGAAAUAACUAUGUGUGCUCUGAAGACUGGCUGCUUGACCAAGGGAAAUGCUACAGGUUUUCAGUUUCUUCUAAAACUUGGAAUGAGAGUCAACAGGAUUGUGCAAACCUCUAGGCACAUUUACCAGUGAUACAGACUUUGAAAGAGCUGGAGUUCAUACAGAAGAGUUUAAACCCUGGAAAUCCUGGUUGGAUUGGACUAUAUAUUGCAUCCCCAAGAAAACAAUGGAUGUGGAUAAAUAAACACCUUUUUGUCAAACAAAACAAUUUUCUCAUGAUUGGACCAAUGGAUCACACAAGCUGUGCUGUCAUAACAGGAAAUCAAGUGUAUGCUGAAGACUAUGACUCCAAAUUUAAUGGCAUUUGCCAAAGAGAUGCUGUCUGAACAACAAAAACAUUUUUUUUACUAGGCAAAGGACUUUAUUAAUAUUGUUUCAAACUUUAUUCCCAGGCUUCUUCAGCUUAAUUAGCUGCAAAGAAUGAAUUGUGUAUAAGCAAACACUGAA